GGUAUUGUUCGAAGCAAUCCUCGACGCCUAUCUCUGCUUCUCUGCGAUCCUCUUUUUUCCCCUCUUUUUUGCGUCUUCUCAGUACCCCACGAAGGAUGCGUUCUCCAACACGCGUUUUGCACCGCGCUCCGCUUCUCUUCUCGCCGCGGUUGACUGCGUGCGGUGCGCACCGAGGCGGCGCUGUCAUGUGUGCGGAAUUCCUCAAGACCACCAUCAACAGGUAUGGCGCCUUCACAGUAGCUCGUCGUCACGUCCACGAGCGCCCUUUCCAAGAACUCCCCCAAGACUUCUCACAGGGUGAGGCGUACGCAGUGGCCCGAGAUGCUCUCCUGCAGCUGAACAUCAUGCACCGUCGUGGAAUUGAGCCAGAUGCGCUCAUGUACACCUCACUUAUCGCAACGAUGGGCCGUGCAGGCUUGGAAUGGCAGGCAUACAAGCUCUUCUCUCGCAUGAUCGAGCAGGACGUACAACCGCUGCCGGAGACAUACGUCGCCUUGCGCGAUGCCACUAACAAGCAGCGGGUGGCGUUGCGAGAGCAAAUUCAGACAAAAAUUGAAGAGGCCGUGGACGUCUUUCCAGAAGCGCUGGCGGCGGCGGAGCGCGAGCGCCAGCGCGAGGAAGACCGCCGGUGCAUCGCAAAGUUCAACGAGUACAUGCGCGGCGUCUUGCCCGCGACAAGCUCCAACGCCCCCGCUGCCGCGGCGUCCACAGCUGCCGAUGCGUCCAAGUCCGCAGAAAGCGCGAGGGAGGAAUCUGCGGAGUCCCCCUCCGCGUCGCCGUCGCCAUCGGUGGCAUCGAUGCACAUCCGCAGCCCCGGAGACGCCUGGAGUGCGGCGCAAAGGGCCAAGGAACACCGCAGCCACGCACAGGGUCUCGCAAAAGGCGAAUCAGCAGCCGAUCUGCGCGCUGCCCUUGAGCGCUUGGAUGAGGAGGAACUCCGCAUCUACCUCGCCGCUCAGCGCCAGCUGCGUCACGGCACCAAAGUUCAGCUGAUCGAUCGGGUUCUGCAGAAGGUGAGCGCCAACGCGAUUCGAGCCAUGCUAGACCGCCGAACCCACUACUUUCGCUCCGUGGAGCAAAUUCUGGCGGCCGACCUCCGUCAGCUCAACAUGUCGGGCCCCAGCGCAGUAGAGCAGGCGGCACCAGCAACAGCAGGGAAGAACACGGCUGGGGGUACCGGAAAGGACCGCACACUCACCAGUGCGGAGCAGGAUGCUGUCGGGCCCGACGUGCUGUUCGCGCCGUGGGGAAUUCUGCGUAAGCCGAUGCGACGCCGUCCCGAGCCACCGGCGCCGCGCAACGCGGAGCGACUUGAGCGGGUGCGCCUCAGCGAGCCAGAGCUUGUGCUGCUGCGUCAGAAGGCGGAGACGAAUGAUGUCGACGAGUUGCCCGAGUCAAUGCUGCGGCGCUACGCCUACCAAUUUCAGCUGCGGUGGCGUCGCAGCGACGGCGCGGCGUCGCUGCUGCAAGCCGUGCAGUGGCACGUGCUCACCUACUUCCCCGGCGCAUUGCAGCCGUCCGUGGAGAAGAGUGGAAAUGGCCUGGUGGAGAGGGCAUCGCCAACGCCCGCCAUCCGGCUUCAGAAGGAAGAAGAAGGUAUGCGGACGACGCUGGAGAACUUCGAGACUUUCCGUGUCAUUGCGCAGCGCACGAACAACUUACAGGUGGUGGACAACAAGGAGAUCAACCGCCACCUCCAGCACGUGCGACUCGACGCGAUUCGGCGCGAGCGCAAGAUGGAGAACUCGCUGCGGCGAGAGCGGCACGUCAUGGAGGCGGCGGGGCUGGCGGCCUCCGCCAAAACUUUCACGCCGCUGCCGAUGGCGGGCGAAGGGGAGAUGCAGGUCCUCGGCGUGACAGCGGGCGCCACCUCCACCGCAGACGAUCCAUCAACGACAAGGGCAACUUUACCAGGAGGCAUUCAAACCUCCCUCAUCCCUGCCGAUCUCGCAGACGGCGGAGAGGAAGAGGCGGCGACGACGGAGGGGGAUGACACCGCUGUCAACGAGCUCCCACCGUGGGCGCUGUUUGAGGAGGAGGACGAGUUCAACCUCUCCACCGGCCACUUCGGCGACCCAAACAUCGGCCGAUUUCAGGAGCUGAGUGACGCGAAGGUACGUCUGUUGCCGUCGCGCUCCGCCCAAGCGAAGUGGUCCGUUGAUCAUCAGCUGCUGCCCACCUCUCUCAACGACGUUGUGCAGGAGGCAGAACUGGCGCAGCAGCAGCGGCACGAGGCAGUCGAGAAGGAGUACGAGCGGCGCCUACACUACACAAAGUACCGCAAGUGGGACCACCUCAUCGCAAGGGCGCAGGCGAGGCAGUCACAGGAGCGGACGGAGGAGUCUGGCGCAGCCCAGCCGCUGCCACCGAAGCGGCGUCUUUCGCAGCUGCUGCGCAAAGGACGGGACCGAAAGAGAGUCUCGGAGGAGGUGCAGGCAAAGUUCAGCAAACGGCUGUAA